UGACUCAGCGCAGCGGCCCGGACAGAGAGCAUAAAAAUCACAGUCAUCAGCGCUUAAAACACACUCAUCGGACAUCUACACACACAGGAAUACCCAAUGCUGAUUGGCCGGUGGCUCCUCUGAUGCGAUGACAUCACAGGCAAAGCACUCCCGCGUUCGAGCAGCUGACCUGCAGGAGAGUCCCGUCCGUGCGCUGCAGCGAUGAGCACGCGGAGAGAAGCGUUCCAUCUGGCGAUGACAUCACAGUGAACUGCGCACCGGGCGACAUGAUGUCAUGAGGAUACGUUUUGAACGUAAAGCUGGAGAGGGUUUUCCGUGACCAGACAUUUUUGGCCUCGUUGCGCGGACGUACAGCUGAAGUCCAAAGCGAACGCACCUGAAAUAUUCUUUUGAAAGGCACUGUUCUAUUUACGGUUGUCAGCGUGACAUAAUUCAUGUGCCUUGUGAGAAGUUUUAUGCAGUUCUUUGGAUGUAUUUGCGCCGAAAGUGUUCGUGAACUGGCAGUCGCUCACACCUGGACCCCAAGGACCCACCGGUGAGCAGGGUGACUGAGUGGAUUUACGUUCAAUCACCCGUGGAGCCCCAGGCAGGUAUGUUUGCGGCGGUAGAACAUGGCCCCGUCCUUUGCAGCGACUCCAACAUCCUAUGCCUGUCGUGGAAAGGUCGAGUGCCCAGGAGCGAGAAGGAGAAGCCCGUCUGCAGGAAGCGAUACUAUGAGGAGGGGUGGCUGGCCACGGGGAAUGGCAGAGGGGUCGUGGGGGUGACGUUCACCUCCAGCCACUGCCGGAGAGACAGAACCACCCCGCAACGCAUCAACUUCAACCUGAGAGGACACAAUAGUGAGGUGGUGUUAGUGAGGUGGAAUGAACCCUUUCAGAAGCUUGCCACGUGCGACACAGAUGGCGGGAUCUUCGUUUGGAUCCAGUACGAGGGCCGCUGGUCUGUAGAGCUGGUCAACGAUCGAGGAGCUCAGGUGAGUGACUUCACGUGGUCUCACGAUGGGACUCAGGCUCUGAUCUCGUACCGUGAUGGUUUCGUGUUGGUGGGAUCGGUUAGCGGUCAGCGCCACUGGUCUUCUGAAAUCAACCUGGAGAGUCAGAUCACUUGUGGCAUAUGGACCCCCGACGACCAGCAGGUGUUGUUUGGCACUGCAGACGGUCAGGUGAUCGUCAUGGACUGUCACGGGCGGAUGUUAGCUCAUAUUCUGCUUCAUGAGGCGGAGGGGAUUGUCAGCAUGGCCUGGAAUUGUCCCAGCUUUCUGAUGGAGGACAGCAGCGAGAGUGACACCGACUCGGACGAUUAUGCACCGCCACAGGUGCACAGCCUGAAGCCGCUGUUGACGGUCUGCUUCACAUCUGGAGACAUCAGUCUGAUGAGCAGCUAUGAUGACCUCUCCCCGACAUUGAUACGCACUGGCCUCAAAGAUGUGGUUGUGCAGUGGUGCUCUCAGGGUGACCUGCUGGCUGUUGCUGGGAUGGAGAGACUUGGAGUGACCCCUGACCCUGCUGUUGCUCACGCAACCCAAAAUGCCAUUGUUAAGUUUUACAAUGUCAGCGGUGAACACAUUUACUCACUGGAAACACCUGCUCAGAGACCGAUCCGUACGCUGUGCUGGGGUCAUCGGGAUUCUCGCCUUUUCCUCGCUUGCGGCCCAGCUCUGUACGUGGUUCGCGUGGAACACAGGGUGACCAGUCUGCAGCUGCUGUGUCAGCAGGUCAUCGCAAGUGCCGUUCACGAGGAGAAGGAUGUAGCCAAGCUGAACAUGCCCUCGCGCUUAAGCACAUACGUGUCCUCUGCCUUCGCCCCGACCAUAAAGCCCCCCAUCCCAGAUCCCAACAACAUGCGAGACUUUGUGAGUUACCCGACAUCAGGUAAUGAACGUCUACACUGCACUAUGAAGCGCACCGAGGACAACCCUGAGGUUGGCGGUCCGUGCUACACCUUGUACCUGGAGUAUUUGGGGGGGCUUGUCCCUAUUCUGAAAGGCCGCAGGAUUAGCAAGCUCCGCCCUGAAUUUGUCAUCAUGGACCCAAAGACAGAUGGGAAAAUGGAUGAAGUUUAUGGGAACAACUUCAUUCCCUCCAUGAUUGACAGCUGCAAUUGUUCAGAUUCUAGUGACAUUGAGCUGAAUGAUGAUUGGGUGGGAAAGAAAUCCCCAAAGAUUUCCAGAGGGAGCAAGUCUCCCAAACUUCCCAGGAUAAAUAUAGAUCCCCGUAAGUCCCCCAAGCUCUCCCGAACCACACAGGAAAUAUCCCGAUCACCACGGUUACCCAUUCGCAAACCCUCCAUCGGCUCUCCAAGUCUGACUCGCCGAGAGUUCCCUCUAGAUGACAUCACACAGCACAAUUAUCUUGCGCAAGUUACGUCCAACAUAUGGGGAACAAAGUUCAAAAUAGUAGGACUAACAGCAUAUUUGCCAACAAAUCUUGGUGCAGUUAUCUACAAGACAAGUCUGCUUCACCUCCAGCCCAGACAGAUGACCAUCUACCUCCCUGAGGUGAGGAAGAUCUCUGUAGACUACAUAAACCUACCUAUGUUCAGUACUAACAUCUUCAGUGAGGAUGAGGAUGAUCUGCCUGUCACAGGAGCAUCAGGAAUCACUGAAGAUAAUCCACCUUGCACUGUCAACAUACCAAUUGCCCCCAUACACAGUCCUGCCCAAGCCAUGUCUCCAACCCAAAGCAUUGGCCUGGUCCAAUCCCUACUAGCCAAUCAAAACGUCCAUUUGGAUGUAUUGUCUAAUCCAACAUCAACGGUGGCACCACCUGGGGUGGCUGACCAAGGACAACAAGACACUGUGCUCACCACACAGUACACUGUUCCUGCCAGGUACUCUAGUCCUGGCCAGGUGAUCUUUGGAGGUUUGGAAGUUGGACGACUUUUAGUUCCCCAGCAUCCAACAUCCCAACAUCAACAGCAGCAACAACAGCAAUCACAGCAGCAGCAACAUCAACAACAGCUGCAACAACAUCUACAGCAACAGCUUCAACAAUAUCAACUUCAGCAGCAACAGAUGUUGCAGCAUCAGCAGAUUCAGCAGCAGCAACACAUGCAGCACCAGAUCCAACAGAUGCAGCAACAACAGCAAAUGCAGCAGCAACUUCAGCAUCAAAUCCAACAGCAGCAUCUACAAAUGCAAAUGCAGCUACAGCAACAGCACCAGCAAAUGCAGCAGCAGUUGCAACAGCAGCAUCAGAUGCAAAUCCCUGUUCCACCAUUGCCCUCAGGUCAACCAUCAUGCCCCUUCAUUCAGAGCACAAUACCAGUUCCUCCUCCUAAAGGAGAGAACAGUACAGAACGAGGGGAGCAUGAGCUCCUGCUUAAGAUUAAGACUACUCGUUCUGCCCCACAAUUGGCUGAGGGUGAUGCUGUAGUUUUCACUGCUCCCCUUGAAUUAAGCAAAAUGAACCCUCCCCCUCCCUAUCCUGGCACAGUUGCCGCUGCAGUGGCAACUGCAGCAGCUUCCUCUGCAAGUUCCACCUCUGGAGUAGCUGGGGGAAGCUUUAGCAUACCACCCUCAGGGGAAGUUUGUAUAAAGAAAGGGGAUUUGACCUUGUAUCCACCGGGUGUGCAGGCGGCUCAGUACCCAACACCGCUGGGCUAUGAACGCAUCACCACCUUUGACAGUAGUGGUAAUGUGGAGGAGGUGUGCCGUCCCCGUAUGCGACUUGUUUGCAACCAGAAUGUUUACACACUGCAGGGCCCAGGAAGCUCUGCCACCCUCAGGGUCUCAACAUCAUCAUCUACUGCAGAGGGGAAGGUGCAGCUGCCCUAUGCCUCAGCCACAUUGAACCGUCUCACUGUGCCAAGGUACUCUAUACCCAGUGGGGACCCACCCCCUUACCCUGACACAGCCAAUCAGGUUGCAGCAGGGCGGAGCCCUGGGCAGAGACUCGACAGCAGCCUGAUUCAUGCUACCAUGAGGCGGAACAGUCGAGAAGCUGCGCUGAAGGUUUCUCAGAUGCUGGAUCCCCAGAGGACACUCCCCUCGAAGGCCAAAGCCAGUACUUUGUCUGCUUCCUACCAGCAGAGAGGACCAACAGAUCUUUAUACAUGCAACCAGUGCAGUAGUAACAGUAGUGUUAGUGGUGGGGCCACUAGCAGUGGAAGUAAUGGAAUAGCUGGUGGAACAAUCAUUAGGCAAGAUUUCCCAACAACUGGGGGUUGUGCACCUCACAGCACAGUUAUAGUGCACUCUAACAGUGCCUCGCCUCUGCCUUCCCAAUCCUCCUAUAAUCUGCUAAGUAUGGAUGGCAGCAGUGGGGUAACUAGUGGAGGUGGAAACAGGGAAAGGGCUGACUAUAUCAACUCUGCCUUUACAGAGGAUGAGGCUCUCAAUCAGUCUCUGAGGCAAAUGGCUCUUAAUACAGAGGUAAUGAGUUUGACAGUCAAACGGCCACCACCGUAUCAAUGGGAUCCAUCUGCUACUGAAGAAAUUUGGGUUCCUCAAGAGCGUACAGUGACUCUGUCCACCUCUGGACCUCCUGCAUCCCACAAACCUCCCUCACUCAUCCUUAGCCCAGCACAGCAUCUGGACAUUUCCCAUCUUUCAUUUGUCCUCUCACCUAAAUCUCCAACAAGUCCUAACGCCACAACUUUCCAAACACCAGGAGCUUAUCAGAUUGCUCUGCCCUACCCACCAAGUGCAGCGUACAGUGGUCCACACCUUCAGCCCGUACAAGCAUCUCUACAUCCCUCCUCGCCCAAAGAAGUGGUUGCUCCACUUUCCUUUUCCCAGCAAGACCAGGCAAUGGUCUUGCCACCUGGUUUUCCACCCAAUUUGCCCAACCUUGCUUGCUGCCCCCUUCCACCAAUGUACCCUGGGCCAGCUUCUUGUUCCAAUCUCCCUGUGACUUCGAUUCCUCUUCAUCCAUGGGGAACUUACAAUCCGUCUCCACCCAUGCCAAGCCCCUCAGGUCCUCCCCCGACCCUUCCACCAAAGGCCUCCCACAUGCUAGAUAAGCCUGUUAUCUCUCCUCCCCCUCAACCACCCCCUCUGCCUUCACCCCCACCAGACCCCCAGAGUGUAGUCAGUCCUCCAGAGGCCAUCGCAGAGGCUGGGGAGGGCUUUCAAGAAGUGCUUUCACUGAACGAAAGCCCAGUUCCCCAACGAGCAGACCGGUUUGGCAAGAAGAACCGAAAGCGGUUGGACAACAGUAGAGCAGAUGAAGCCAAUGUUCCAGCAAUCACAGAGGGAGGCAAUAAGUCCAAAAAAGAGGGCCGUGCCCUUGGCGACUUCAACUCCCUCAUCUCCAGUCCAAGGUUGGGUGGACGAGACAAGAAGAAACCCAAAGGCCAGAAAGAGCAGCUGAAAGCCAAAAAGCAAAGCAAGGCCACAACGAACGAGUUCCAGGACAGCUCAGAGAGCGAGCCAGAGCUCUUCAUCGGUGGAGAUGAGCUGAUGAACCAGAGCCAGAGCAGUAAAAAAAGCUGGAAGGCAAAAAGGAACUUACGAGCUGGAGGUUGCGAUCUAGAUGAAAUCAAAAGUCGCAAGGCUAAUGAGAAAGAGGACCGUGGCCUCGGCAGCCAGGGCUUUGUCUACAUUAUGGCCAACAAACAGCCUCUUUGGAAUGAAGCCACUCAGGUCUACCAGCUGGACUUUGGAGGGAGAGUCACGCAGGAAUCAGCAAAGAACUUCCAGAUUGAGCUUGAGGGGAGACAGGUGAUGCAGUUUGGAAGGAUCGAUGGAAAUGCAUACAUCCUGGACUUUCAGUACCCCUUCUCGGCUGUGCAAGCGUUUGCUGUAGCGCUUGCUAAUGUCACCCAGCGCCUCAAAUGAUUGGCAUGAACAUUUUAGCCAAUUAUGCCAUUUUUCUUUCUAUGCUCUCUGUUUUAUUCCCAGUUUAAGAUGCAGUACUAAUACUUGAAACCUUCAUCUGGAAAGCAAUUGCCACAUUUUCCAAGCGUUAGAGGUACUACUGGGCACUGAAAUCAAUUGCUGUAAACCAUACGUCAUUACUUUCUCAUUUAUUUUGCAUAAGAGAGUAAUCUUUGUAAAGUUGACAAACUUUAAGGAGGUCAUAUCUAAACUUGCUUUCAGGGACUUUCCCCUUGGAGUAUAAUUGCUAGCAUCUGAUUGGAUGCUUUUUGGCUCGCAUAAAAUGUGUUAAGAAUUCGUAAGACUGAAUAUCCAGUCUGUAGCUGUAUACUCCUGAAUAUUUCUGUUUGGAUGGAUUUGCUUUGGCAGACCGAAAACAAUAUAAGCUCAAAGGUGAAACCAUCGACGCUGUAUUCAUUAGUACUCUAGCUCUUCGAAUGUUUGUAGUGUUCCUAAAAUACCUUUUCACUAUUCUUUCAUCCACACUAUUGUUUUUAUUUGUCCUGCAUGUUUUACCUUUACUGAUCGUGCAUCUCCUUCAUGUUAAGAAACAGGAAGUGAAGAUGUGCAAAGACGGAGCUCAUGGUUUGUUUUUUUCCUCCUGAAAUGAAGUGACUGCCCUCUGCUGACGCUUCUGUGAAGUGUAUUUUGUGUAAUGGCUCUCAAGCCACAUUUAGUCCACCUGAACAUGUGCAAACAAGCAACAGGAAAUAUUUUUCUACCGUGUUUCAACAAUGUCAUUUCAUACGAUUUUUGUUUCGAUUUUUUUGUUGUUGAUGAAAAUAAUGGGUUUGUGUUGUUACACAUUGUUGUUAUGAGUGCUAAGAAUAUAGCGGUGUUAGAUGAAGUCUAGUAGAGGUUUGUGAGGAACAACGGUGAGGUGAAAAUAUACCAACCUAGUGAUGAAGUUUGUAGCAUGAUCAGACAAGCCUCAGUCUCCGGUUCAGAGAGACUUUGAGCUACAUAAAGCCUAUUAAUGGGCCUGCUGAUAAUGCUAACUACAUUUCUUGUUGGGUUAAACGCUUUUGAAAGGGCUAGACAGUAUUUGUGAUGGGAACCAUUACAGCAUAACAUACAUUGUAUGUGUAUAUAUGCGUUUGUCAUAUGUCCCUAGUAAAGGAUAAACAAAACGGUUUAGUUUUCUUUUUGUGGUUAAAUUUGGUCCAUCACCAGGAUUUCUCUCUAAUGUUGUUUAAACUAAAGUUUAUUUAUUUAUUUAUGUCUUUGUUUAUUGUGCAAUAUUGUCAAGACUAAUGCUUUACUGUAGUUAAGCAGUUCACAAUUUCGCACCCUUGAAAAUGAAUGACAUUUAGUCCACCUUUUGUAAGAGUGAACGUUUUGUUUUAUGUGAAAACGAUUCUUCAGCUUGAUGUUGUAUAUAAAGUGAAUGAUGCUGAAUAUGUGUUGAAUUGUCUGUGGAAGGUGGUGGGGGGCAGUGAUGGGGUUCUACAGGUGUGUGUUGUUGGUGAUUGUGGUUAUGGUGUGUAGUGAAGUGACUUUGAAUGGGUUUGUCAUGUGUGUUCAAUGCAUCGUCUCCGAUGAGACUUUAUGACUUGUUCACUAAUAUGUAUUCCAGUCAUCAAACUGUUUCUCUGUUUUACCCAUUCGUGACAUCUCAAAUAUUCCACUGAAAUCAUCCCCAGUUAAACUGUUGAGGUGUGUAUGUGUGUGUGUGUGUGUGUGUGUGUGUGCGUGCGUGCGUGUGCGUGCGUGUGUGCACGCGCACUAUUGUAUGUAUUCGCUUGAUUGAGGUUUGUUGGACUUGUGUACUGUAAUUAUUUGAAAUGUGCUUUUGUAUUUGUAGGUCAAAAAGAUGUGUUGGAGACAAAGAAAAAACUGAAUUGUACUGAAUGGUAUAAAGGCAUGCUGGGUAAAUUCUGCUAUGGAGUAUGAACUUUUAGAAGUGGUGCGCAUGGUUUGGCUUUGGAAUUGAAGACGCACGUCUCAGUUUGUUAUAAUUGCAACAUUUACAUUUUAGAGCUCACGUUUGCUUUAGUUUGCAAAGAUUUGUGUCGAUUCUGUCUAAAAUACUCUAUAUGAAUUAUCCAUUAUUGCAUCUAGUUUUAUUGGUUUUAUCUGUUUAUUUGCUCUUUACUGUAUAUUUAGGGGAACCGUGAACUCUGUCACGCUUUGAUAUAUCCCCUUUUCAUUUGUUAUUAUUUUUUAAACUGACUCUGGGGUUUUGGGGUUAGGCCUAACUAACUUGAAGCCUAUAUGCACUAGGGUUUGCAUUGUACUGUAAUGAACAGUUUUGUUGUUCCUCAAAAGCUGAAUUGUGUCCUUUGUCGGUGUAUAGCCCAAUAAAGUG